AUGGGAAAAUUUAUGGGUUCUUAUUUUCUCAUUGUAGUCGAUGCUCAUUCAAAAUGGUUGGAACCUUUUAUUAUGAAUGAUAUAUCAACAACAACAACAACAACAAUUAAUACUUUAACAUCACUAUUUGCUCGUUAUGGUUUUUGUGAAGAAAUUGUAUCUGAUAAUCGAACACAAUUUACAUCUGAAGAAUUUGCUGGAUUCUGUACUCGUAAUGGAAUUAGACAUAUUCGAACAACAUCUGGUCAUCCUCAAUCAAACGGUCAAGCUGAACGUUAUGUUGAUAUUGUUAAAUCUGCUCUUAAAAAAGGACUUCAUAAUGGAGGAAAGAUAUCUGAUGUUCUUUCUAAAUUUUUAUUUUGUUGCAAAUCAACUUCUCAUGCAACAACAAAUCAAAUAAAACAUCGUUUAUGGUCAAGUGAUGAAGAUCUCAUUGCUAUGAAUCCAACAACAAUAACAUCUGAUCAUGAUAAAUAUCCAUCAGCACUUCCUUCAUCUGAUCAAGGAUCAAAAAUUAUUUGA